AUGGCCGGAGUGCGUGAUCCAGCAUUCUGGCGCCGCUUUUCAAUGGCGGUCCACCUGGAUGAAGAGAAGGGAACAAUGUCAGACUCUAGAUCUUCUGCGCCGUCAGCAAAGGCUCUGACACACACGGACAGUUGGUUGGAGCGAACGCGGAAGAAACAACGUCGGACUCGGAUCCUAGGCUGGGUCAUUGCACUUGGAUUCGUCAUUCUGAUUGCUGUCGUGGUCAUGCUACUGCUGUGGUUGGCGAAAGUCGGUCCCUUCAAACAAAAACCCUCAUGA